UAUAUUUAACCCCUCUACUCCAAUUCACAUAUUUUUGCACCAUGGCGUUUAAUAUAUGGACUGGAUUGAUAUUUCUUGCUUCUAUCAAUAUGCUCUGCGAUGCAUCAUCUUCGAAAAUUAAGAUCGGCGACCCUUGCGGAAUUCCUCAUGGAUCUAGAAGAUGGAUGAACAAAAAUAACACAUUUUGGUGUGAUCAGUGUGAUGCAGGCGAAUAUUGGGAUUCGUAUAAUAACACAUGUUCGGCGUGCACUGGUUCACUGACCAGCUGCAAACCAAAUGUAUUAUCAAGUUCUUGUAGUCAACAUUGGAGGGAUUGUGAGACCACGUCACCCAACACAACUACAAGAAAUGUGUCAACUGAUAAACCAGUGAUCAAUACUUCGUCGAAUAUUCACAGCACGACGUCAGUUGAACAUAUCACCAGUCCAACAUCCACCAAAAAAAUAACCAAUGCGAAUAUUAGGCCAAUUACUUCGGCCUCGUUUCAGUCGUCUUUUACUUCAAGCACAACUGUGAAAACCAGUGUUGAACACAGCGAAAAAACACAUUUAGAGCCAUGGGUUUACAUUAUUAUAGUACGGGGGGUUUCCCAAACUAGGGUCCACGGACCCCUGGGUGUCUGUGAUGACUGCACAGGGGUCUGCAACAACAUGAAAAGAGUCUGGGCGAACUUUGAUGAUCGAUUUCAAUCAAAUAUCCAUUGCUGUCAGAAAAGACAAUUAAAAUUAUAUUGUCUCUUGAAACGACCUACAUGUGUGAGGCAGCAUUUUCAUCUCAUACCGAUAUGAUGGAAAAAUUCAGAUCGGGACUUGCGGUAGAGUUGGACCUACGAGUUUUCUUGUCACAAAUUGAUCCGAGAAUUGAUAGAAUAUGCAGUGAAAAGCUAAUGUCGUUUGCGUUGACGAAACGCACAGAAAUUGAUACGACAAAGAAUUCGGGUCCGUCAAAACUAAGAUUCGUGAACAGGGGUCCGCUGCCCAAAAAAGUUUGGAAAACCCUGAUUUAUAUGAUCUGUUUAUCUGCCUAUUUGUUAGCAUGACGGAUAUUUUUUUGUUGUGUUUAUUUUCAAAAACGAAAAAGCGUAUUUGUAUUUCAAUUAGGAUAUGAUAGGAACAUAAUAUGGUUUAUCUCAAUUACAAAAUACUUGGUAAUAAAUGAGUGCAAUGAUACUUCUAUUACAGCGGUUAAUAUUGAUAUUAUAAGCCAUAUAUGUACCAAUUAAAGUAUAAUUGUAUCGUUAUUGUUUCAUGUACAGUAUGUUAUUCAUUAUGUUACUGUGUUACGUACUUGGUCGCCAUACCAAUUGCUUGCUCUGUUAGGUAAAAUGAGAUACAACUAACAAUUGUUACAUAUAUUUAUAUUAUGCAGUGGGGAGAUACCUAGUGGAAUUUUAUAUAUACGUUUUACAUUUAUAAUGAUUUCCUUGAGAUGCUUGCAUGUU